CUCUUUCCCGCCAAAACCCUUGCCCUUAGCCCCCUUGAGGUCCGAAAAGAGCUCAGCUCGCCACUGUUCUCUACUUUCCAGUCUCCCCUCUCAAUCUCUCCUUCUCUCCAUCUGUGCUGAGCGUGAGCUGUCUCUGCUGCCCGAAGCUGAAGAUGGCGACGAUGGACGAUAGAAGCAGUCACAAGCGAGCAUUCUUGGAAUUUCUUGAUCAAAAUAUUUACAAGGAUGAGAUAAAGGCCAUGAUCAACCACAAGCGUCGCCGACUCAUCAUCAACAUCUCCGAUCUCCAUUCUUUCCAGGACUUUGGUCCCAGGAUUCUAAAGGACCCGAGUGAGUAUCUGCAGCCAUUCUGUGAUGCAGCCACAGAUGUGGCUCGUAGCAUUGAUCCUAAGUACCUGAAGGAAGAAGAGCAAGUUCUUGUAGGUUUUGAGGGGCCUUUUGUCUCUCGCCGUGUCACUCCGAGAGACCUUCUCUCUGAAUUUAUUGGUUCCAUGGUCUGCGUUGAGGGCAUUGUUACAAAAUGUUCUCUUGUACGGCCAAAAGUUUUAAAAAGUGUUCACUACUGUCCUGCAACUGGGGAUUUCACAACUCGUGAAUAUCGUGACAUUACAUCUAAUGUGGGGUUGCCUACAGGUUCUGUGUAUCCUACAAGGGAUGGGCACGGAAAUUUAUUGGUCACUGAGUAUGGUUUGUGCAAGUACAAAGAUCAUCAAACCUUGUCAAUGCAAGAAGUACCAGAAAAUUCUGCUCCUGGUCAGCUUCCACGAACAGUAGAUGUCAUAGUUGAGGAUGACCUGGUUGAUUCAUGCAAGCCUGGAGAUCGUGUGGCUAUAGUUGGAAUAUAUAAAGCACUUCCUGGAAGAAGCAAGGGUAGUGUGAAUGGAGUAUUCAGGACUGUUCUCAUAGCUAAUAAUGUUUCUUUGCUCAACAAGGAGGCCAAUGCACCAAUUUACAGUCCAGAAGACCUUAAGAACAUCAAAAAGAUAGCUGAAAGGGAUGAUACUUUUGAUCUGCUAGGUAAUUCACUGGCACCUUCAAUAUAUGGGCAUUCCUGGAUAAAAAAAGCAGUGGUUCUAUUGAUGCUUGGGGGAGUGGAAAAGAACUUGAAGAAUGGAACUCAUUUACGAGGUGACAUUAACAUGAUGAUGGUUGGUGAUCCAUCUGUUGCCAAAUCUCAACUUUUAAGAGCAAUAAUGAAUAUUGCUCCCUUGGCCAUAUCAACAACUGGUCGUGGUUCGUCUGGUGUAGGAUUGACAGCUGCUGUUACUUCUGAUCAAGAAACUGGAGAAAGAAGGCUAGAAGCUGGAGCCAUGGUUCUUGCUGACAGAGGUGUUGUCUGUAUUGAUGAGUUUGACAAGAUGAAUGAUCAGGAUCGUGUUGCUAUACAUGAAGUUAUGGAGCAGCAAACUGUUACAAUAGCCAAAGCGGGUAUUCAUGCAUCGCUGAAUGCUCGAUGUAGUGUGGUGGCUGCUGCAAAUCCCAUAUAUGGAACUUAUGACCGCUCAUUGACACCAACAAAGAAUAUUGGACUUCCAGACUCUUUGCUUUCCCGUUUUGAUUUACUGUUCAUAGUAUUGGAUCAGAUGGAUCCUGAUGUUGACCGUCAAAUUUCAGAGCAUGUGUUGCGUAUGCAUCGUUACCGUUCUGCUUUUGAUGGAGGUGAAGGGACACUUCAUGGAGGUCCAAGAUAUGGAAGAGAAGAUGAAGGUGAUUCUGAGUCAUCCGUCUUUGUCAAGUAUAACCGAAUGCUUCAUGGAAGGAAAGCAGAAAGGGGCCGGAAGCGUGACACUCUUACAAUCAAGUUUCUUAAGAAGUAUAUCCAUUAUGCAAAACAUAGGAUUCAGCCUGAGCUGAGUGACGAGGCAUCUGAACAUAUUGCAACGGCAUAUGCUGAGCUUAGAAGUGCUAGUUCAACUGCAAAGACCGGAGGAACACUUCCAAUCACUGCCAGAACCUUAGAAACCAUGAUACGUCUCUCCACUGCCCAUGCCAAAUUGAAGUUGAGUAGGAAGGUUUCCAAGCCUGAUGUUGAAGCUGCCCUGAAAGUUCUAAAUUUUGCAAUAUAUCACAAAGAGUUGACUGAGAUGGAGGAGCGUGAACAGGAAAGGGAGAGAGAACUAGAGAGACAACAAAGAGUUGAGCGUCGUUCUGAUAGAAAUAGAGAUGGCAGCGCCACUGUCGAUGUAGAAGGUACGAUGACAGAUGCCAUGGAAGUAGAUGACCCUCCUGCAGGGCAAGCCAGCAGUGAGCUAUCUCCAGAAAGAAUUGAAGCCUUUAAUUCUACAUUUCGAGAGCAUAUGCGCUAUUUGGAUAGUGUAACCAUUGAUGACCUAGAGAACGUUGUCAAUACAGGAGAUACUCGUUACUCAAGGGCAGAGAUAAUGUUACUUUUACAGAAACUGCACGAUGAGAACAAAGUGAUGAUAUUUGAUGGAAAGGUUCAUAUGGUGAUAUCAUGAGUAGUGAGGACUGCAUUGGCAAAAUAUUAGACAGGGUCGUGGGAAUUUGUUGAUGAAGCAGCCAUCUUACUUCGGAGGGCAAAAUGGCUUGAAGUUUGCAAUCGCAGCGUUCAUGUGGAUGAUGCCGAAGCCCGAACCUAGAAGCACAAGUAGAAAUAGGGAGUAAAACUAUAGCAAGGAGUAUAUACAUCCCGUGGAAAACUUCUCUCAUGUUUUAAUAUCAUGUUAGUUCCUUGGAAAAUUUUAUCAUUUUAAUUAGGAAAUCUUAGUAUUUAAGACUGGCAACUUUCUCCUUUAACGUUACUUGUUACCCUAUAUCAAAAUGGAUGACCUUGUAAAUUUCCUUGUAUUGUGUUUUCAUAAGGAUUUGUUUGUCUUUGGAUUGACUUUCACUUUGAAAAUAUACAUUAUAUUCAAAUUUUGUUUUUGUUA